UAUUUUUCUGUGCGAAAGCACGUAAAAUUUACGCGCGUAGGUGAAAUAAAGGUAAUGUAUUGAAGGUCACGCGUAAACGUAAAAGUUGAACGGUUUACCUUUACGUGCGUUCGCACGGGAAAAUUACGCUACAGUGGAAAUCAACCCUUAAGCGGUAAAUUGCAUAUGCUAUGGUUAUAAUCCAUCUCACUCUGGUAAUGAAUAUGUUCAAUCAUUUUCACAGAGAAAGAAGAAGUUGCAGACGAAAUGUGUGAUAUGUCAUUGAAUGAGAAGGUAUUGUAUUUGAUAGCUAAUUGAUCUUGUGUAUUAAUAUGAAAGACGUCUGUUGACUCGAGCAGUUGGGUUUCCUAUUUAUAUUCACGACUAUUAGACGGGAAUGGGUGUGCAGCUCAAACUGUGAGCCUGAGUGUUUAUUUCCCAAGAAAAUGCACCAAAAUUUCCAUCCAGCAGCAGCCUUCUGACGCUACUUAAGAUUAAUGUGAGUUAUUUAGAACUUUUUAUUAAUCAUUUUAUCACGGCUAUUGAAAAUAUAAGGUUUGAAAUAUAUUUUCGUUUUAUUUGAAUUCAAACAUACAGAAUUUUUUACUUCUCACGGAGAUUCAUGGUACGGGUUUUCAGUAGCAGGUCUAUAUCGAGCAAAAUUCAGAUUUUAUCUAUUUCAAAGUCUUUUGUUUAUUGUUGUCACACUGAUCGAUUUUACUAAAAACUGCAUUUUAAAAAUUUUGUAGCGAUCGGACAAGGAUAAAAUCACUUUUAAGGUGAUUGAAAACCAUCAGUAUGGUCAGGCCAUGCUAUUUGUUUUGGAAAGGUCAUUGAAUGAGCGAGUUUUGUUUUUAUUGUUCUUUAGAGACAUUUUUUUUGUGAGGAUUGUUCUGAAAAUUUUGAUUUCGACCCACUUGAUUUUCAAACUGUUUUGUGCAGUGUGAAUAAGAAGGUACUCACUUGACAACACACACCUAGGUUGUUUAUAAAGUCGGAUUUUAAUGACCAGUAACACAAAUUGCGCUUUCAAGAAGUCCUUUGAUCGGUUACAUCACACAGAUGAAAUAUUAAGUUUAAGCUUUUUUUACAAUCCUGUCAACAACACUGCUAGAUUUAAUUUAGCUAAGUAGAAUUGAGCUUAUAGUUUCUCAUUCGGUCUAUUUUUUACGCAGGUUAUAAAUGAUAAUAACGAUAAUGGUAAUGAUAAUGAUGAUAAUAAAUUAUGCGCUUAUAUUGCGGAAAUAUCCAUAACAAUGAUCAAAUGCGCAUUACAUCAAAGAAUUACACGACUAUUUACAAUACGAAGGACAAUAAGAGUAUGUAUAUUACUAUAAUACAAGAUCUAAAAUAUUGAUAUGUAUCUAGUAAAAAUUCAGGUAAUUAUAAGCAGACUUGAAAGGUGUGUCUCAAGAUGGCGAAUAAAAAUAGGCAAGUGAGUAUUGUCGCGAAGUUGGCGCGCUAAAGCAUUCCAUAACUUAGGCGUAGCCACUUGAAAGGACCUAUUGCCUAGUGUAACCUUAGUUCUAAUUGUUGGCGACGCUAGCAAAAUCCCACCAGACGUUCUGAGGCUAUAUUGGCCUUGCGAUUCCAGAGAAACUACGAUUCGUGACAUUAGAACUUGGGUCAAUUGAACGAAUAACGUUGACAUGUUGUGGUGGACGUCCUUUUCUGUCUCUCUUUCAAUGUUGGCCUCGAAGGUCUUUUGUGAAUUUUCAGCCGUGUAGCUCAAGAGUAGCGAUUGCAACGGCCGCCGAACCAUUCAGUCAGGCUUGAAUGGUUUUCCAUACAAAUCCUUGUACAUUUUGAACUUUUAUUUCUUUCCUCGGGGUCUAGGAACUUGCGAAUACGACUGAUGUUAUGUAAAUGAAAGACAGCUGAGCUACAGAGCUUGCUAAUAUGAGUAGACAUACUUAAGUUGAUAAUCAAACGGAACCCAGAUUCCUGACAACUAGCUUUGCGUUCACUACAGACUCUUCAACAGUAAUGCUAUACUUAUGUUAACCUUAGCUACAUAACUGUUGCCUGGUACUGAGGAGCAAAAUCUAAAACUUAUCAUCAUUUAACAUGAGUCGGUCUCUAAUCAUCCACUUCUUUAAGCGCAACAGCGAUGAGUUUGUUUCAGUUCGGCUUUUUAGCGAGAAGAACCUUGCUUUUUUUAAAACUAUACCUUUGAAUUCAUGUUACACAAGAAUAAAUUGUUUCUUCCCCCGCCAGUGGAUCAAAGCUGGUUCCAGCUCCGUACAUCGAUGGGGCUUUGAACCCGAAAGUGGAAUUUGUUAAACUUGCUUUUCUUCCAUGGGCGACCGAAAUAUAAUUCUAAAUAUGCUUUGAAAUAAUCAUUAAGAACCAAGUAGGACAACGCAGCAACAACAAAAAAGAAGACAAGAGAAAAAGUAGGAGUCCUCCACAGGAUAUUAGGGACUUUAAGAUAGGAUGGCAUGCCACUGUGCAUGAUCGGAAUCACGUGACUGUUCAUUUUUCCGGCGUAGUCCAGCGGCUACGGUGAGUUGUUGAGCGGUUUCGCGCAGUCGCUCGCAUUUUGCCGUCUCGGUAAUUCUACAAUCUCGUCUUUUCCUAAAAAAAAUUUCAAUUCACCUGCUUUAAGUGAGGGGGAAGCUAAAUAUGUAAGUUUUCUCUAACUCAAGAUUCACGCUUUAAAUAUACUCGAGCCACUUAAAGUUGUGACUACAUUUUUAUUUGUUGCCCAAUCAAAAUGGCAAAAACAUCUUUGAGAUAAUUGAAAGCAUGGCGAUACUACAAACUACAUCAAUAAUCGGAGAAGACCAUCUUCUAAAUCUAAUAAAUGAACUAUUACUAUUUAUGUUUGUUUCUUUCCGGCCACAUGUUUGAUAUAAGUAUUCGUGGGCGGAAAAAAAACACUGUGCGACCAAAACUUUGUUCAUCAAUUUCAUCUGACGUGCGUGCUUCCCCAAAUACAGAACAAUUCUUUUCAUUAUUCUUAAGAUAAGGUCACAUGCAAAAUAAUUGCAUUUUUGUGAACUGAACAUGAAAACAAGAAAAUCUUUGCUUGUUGUAUCUCCCUCUAUUCUCUUGUAGUGUACUAUCAGUACUCUGCAAACUUAACGUGCUAUUUUUGCACUACUCAUCCCAGUGCUACAAAAGGACAACGUUCGUCCAGCCGUAGUUUGCAGUCCGUAGUUGUAUCUUAAAGUCCCUAUUCGCUGCUGGUCACCCAACUGGUUUCUAACCGCGACUGGCACACUUAUUUCUAGUACCGAAGCUGUGUGCGCGAGCGUAGCCCCAUACCUAAAAAAUGUGGUAAUCUACCCAUCCCAGAAAUUUUGGUAAUCACGUGACCGUCCGCACCACAGACCUACAAUUGUAAAAUUACUCAAUCAACAGGUAUGACAACCCAAAUGCAACUCGAGGUUAAAUCGAGGGGAAAUCGCAUAGCCACAACAACGACAACAAUAACAACAAUGUAUUUUUUUAAAGAAAUAUAAAGUUACAAUUUUAUGUCCUGCAAAUAGCUAUAAUGCUAAUCUAGGCAGGACAAGACUUUAAAUAUAGACGUUAUCAAAUUACAUAAGAAAAAAGAAAAGAAAAGAAAUACAAAAACAUACAGAUAGAAAUACCUUACAUAUAAAUUCAAGUACAGGGGAUUUUGUUAUUUGAAAAGGACUAAAAUUACAAGUGGAGGUAUAUACAACAUAUGAGGUUAACUUCACAAAAUGUUCUAUUAAAUAAUUCACAUUCAAAUAAUUAUCUUCAUUACCUAGAACAUUAAGGAGUAGUGAUUUAUUUUUUUUACGAAAAUUAGGUAUGUUGAGAGUCUUAACAGAAAGCGGAAUAGAAUUGCAGAUAGACACACCAAUUCUAGUAAAAGAUGUUUUCGUUUUUUCAGUUCUAGAGAAUUUGACAGAGAAACAUUCUUUUGCAGAUAAUCGCGUAUUAUAAUGAUGUUUUGUACUGAUUUUCGCAAACUUAUCGAGAAGACUUUUAGGAGCUGUCUUAGCAUGAACAUCAUACAUUAAAUAGCUUAACUGUUGAAAGAACAAAGACUGCAAAGGAAGGCAGUUUGAUUCAAUAAAAAAAGGGAUUGCAUGGUCUCUGGGUUUAGAAAAAUAAUUCAAACGCAGUGCACGUUUUUGCAGAAUAAGUAUCUUAGUGAGGUAGGUCUGUGGACAGUUCCCCCAUUCACAGAUACCAUAAUUUAAAUAAGGAGCAAUAAGUGCGUGAUAUAAAUUCAAACAAGAAUCGCCGAAAGGCGAUUUUUAACUGGGCUGCAAAAGGGCUAUUUUUUCUGAAGGGAGGGGGCGGCUAUACACACUCAGGCUACCAUAAAAUCUUGUCAGCAACCAUUGCAUGCGACAGAACCUCAUGUGAGACUGACCCUUUUGACCAAAAAAAAGAGUACCAUUUUUAAGUGGGGGCUGUAUAAUAACUUUUAAAUUCCACCAUUAUGAAUAAAAAUAAACAAGUUAGCCAUUAAUUCAAGGCAGGAAACAAUUUGCAUUAUUUCCACGUACCCCUCCCCCAACCCCUCUGUGCCCUAUAGUGUGACAGUAACGCGACUAAUUUGACGUAACUGGAAAUUCCAAAAAUUGUUGUCCUUCUACGAGCAUAAAAUGCGACAGACUGAGCUGAUUUACACUAGACAGAAAUAUUGUAUUGUAUGAAAACCAGAAGUAUACUAAAACAGACAGUUAACUGCCCAUUGAUCGCGCCUGAUCCAGGGGCCUCACUGACUGCACGGAGACUUUCCUGCGCUUUUCACAAACAUGCGAACUCUAAAGUUCAAAAGCCACCUUCACAAUUGUGUUUAUCGCUGCCGUCAAUCAUAAUUACGAUCACAAGCAACGAACCUUGAAACAGAGAAACACACAAAACGGAUCGAAAUCCACAAAUCACAAACCAUGACCUUUUGAACCCGUGAAGUAAAGUUUUGUUUCCUAAGAGGUCCGUUAAGAUGAUUGACACCAGCGAAAAACGCAAUCGUCGGUUGGCUUCUGAACUUCAGAAUUCGCAUGUUUGUGAAAAGUGCGAUCCUAAUUUGCGGUCCACAGUCUACAAGAAAACGCACUAUUUUUUCCACAAGAUGAAAAAUAUUCAGUUUUAAAAUUUUCCUCAUGGUAUUUUUCUCUAACUUAAAGGAAUAAAAGCCUUUGCAUUUUGAGACCUAAAAACGUUUAAAGAUUUCUCGCUCGCAUGUUGCGUUCACCAGCACGCACUUCAAACAAUGUAAAUAGAUGAAACGAUCGAUAACAUAUUUUUUACCUAAUACCGAUGCGAGUUAAGAAUUCGCUCCAGUUCUGUUUGUCUCACCCAAGACGAACUUUUCUUCAUGGAAGAUAACUAUGCCGCUUUAUAACUCGUCCGAAGUUUUUGUGCCAGCUAAACAAUGACACUAUUCACAGUGACUCCUUGGAUAUUAAAAAGACUGAACGUGACGCACUAUGAUGCCUUUGUUUACUUCUGAUCACAUCUUCAAGCGAAGUCUCUCUUUUCGAGCGAUUCAUCUCAAUGCACAAUAAUUGACCCUUAUAUUAGUAAAACCCUAUGGUUCAUUUAUAUUAAUGCUGUUUUUGCCCCUCACAUUGACUGUGUUCGUUCGAUUCAAAACACCUUUACGAAAAGAAAGGUCGUAUAAGUCAUGUGUGUUUAUAUGUUUCGAGAUAAAUGGAUUAUACGCUUCUUUAAGUUUCCAUUUUGCGGUGACUUCAGUUUACAUCUCCAUAAAAUGGUAAAAGAAAUAUCAAGAAACAUCACGAGAGCUGAAAACUUUCAAAGGCAUGUUUCUGAAACUCACUAAUGCUGACAUCAAUAUAGCGUGCUUGCUGAAUGGGGGAAAACACAGAAUUGUGAUCACAAGAUCAUGUACAAAUUUAAUGAUAAAAGUUUAGCAAGAUACAAAUACAAACAAAAGCAAACCCCCUGAAACCUCGACGUGGGCUACAAUUGUAUGCUCUACUCAGUCACCAAACCUUGUCAGUAAUAGCUCCUAUUUUCCUCAAGUCGCUCUCUGUGAAGCUCGCGGAUGGGAUGUCCCGGUGAAGCUUUAAACUUGUGUCCGAAAUUCUCAGAGUCCCUAUUUUUGUCCGUGUCUUCUUUAUCCUCAGUAUCCGAAAUUUAGACCUCCAAAGUGGCGUGUGUUGCAUCAAAUAGAAGGAAAUAUUUAAAGGAAAAGCCAGUUCUCUAACAUGGCAAAGUUGUCACGUCCCUCGCUCAUGGACGUGCGUAGUGCCAUUCAUCGGCAACUGAGUUGUUCGCUUCACUGACUACGAAGGCUUACAAUCAAGUCUUCAGCCAUAGUGUCGUCAACUGGUGAAAUACCUUGCUCAUAAAUUGUGCUUCUUAACUGCUCAUGUACUACAUCGAUCGAUAAUUCUCUCUUUGAGUUCACGAAGCGGUCACGGCGUUCCAAACGUGACGCUCAGAGUCAUCUUUUAGUGUGAACCUACCGUGAACGGCGUGUCGGUUCGAAUGCAACGCGAGCAUUUCUCUGAGUUUCCCAGCGCCAACAUCAUCUAACUGACUUAAACUCGAACAAUAAAAAAAUUAUACAGUGACUCCAUGAUCGAAUCGCUUCGAACAACGCAAAUAGCCUUCUUCAGGUUCGCAACGCUUUGUGGGUUUUUCAGGGGGAGCGCAGACGAGGUACAAAAAGUAUCCGUGCAAGGGUUCAUGCAAGAGAAAAUCAUAUGAAACCAUUUGUGAGAACAUCGUUUCUCGGUACCAGACCCUCGUGUCUUCCCUCCCCCGGGAGGCCGUUUUUCGCCGCAGACGACCGAAAGCCCAUUUUAUGACUGGGCGCACAGGCAGCCCAGUAAAAAGAUGCCGUGGAAUGUAAUGCCUCAUUUUAGCACUAAAUUAUUCCAACCGAUCUACUAAUUUUGUGACUGAGCGGUGCAUGAUUUAUGGUUUUAUCAAAGUCUUCCCAAUUAAUUGCACGUAGGUCAUUCAUGAAUUUAUUAGCAUUAAAGCUGGAAUAAUCCCUAAAUUUAGUCUUUUUUGUAUGUGGUAAUUUUUGCUUGUUUACAUUGACAAUACAGACUUGCGAAAAAUGAUCGGUUGUAUCGGUGACGAUAUUGCAACUAGAAAUAUUAUACGUCAGGUUAUUUGUGAAGAUAUUGUCAAUUAAAGUCGCUGAGGACCCAUACACUCUUGAUGGUUUAUUAGUUGUAGGAAGCAUAGAAAAACUUUGCAUACACUGAAGCAGUGUCUGGCUUUAUUUACAGUUUUCAUAUUUUAGCAAGUCUAUAUUGAAAUCUCCCAUGAGAUAUAUAUUACUGUUAUGAUUACUGAAAUACUCGAGGGAAUCCGAAAGAUAGUCAAGAAAUUGGUCUGCAUUAUUAUGUUGUUGGUAAACAAUGCCACAGAUAUUUUUCUUGUGAUUUGGUAGUAAAAUAUAGUGGUAGUGGUAGUGCUUGAUAAGAGGAAUCAGUAGAGCUUACUAAGACUCGAUAUUUAUAGUUUUCAUUAAUAAGCAAUAGCCAGGUAGUUGUGAUAUAAAAUCAAUAGAUUCGCCUUCGCAUAAAUGCACUUUUUGCACUUUUUAUUUGAGUGUCAAUGUAUUUACCACGAAAGUGCUAAUUGGGGACACUAUAUUUUACGUCUCCUAAUAGAGACGGGACCGCCAUUUUACGUGGUCUCACGCGAAGGUCUAGCCGGUUGCAGUGCAAAAGAAGUACCUUCAUUUCUCAGUCGUUUUAAGACCCUGAGUGUUGGUCCGGCCCCGGGAAUCGAACCCGCGACCUCCCGCUCUGCAGUCAAACGCUCUACCGACUGAGCUAAUCCUGCCACGGUCAAAUCUUCGCUACCCGCGUCUUGUGAAGCUGAAACAACUAAGGAGUCCAUGAAGACGAAAACGGAAAGUGGAAAUUGUUUCUGUAUCCGUGUUGCCUAAAGUAUUAAGCGUAGAUUAAUUGUCAUGUCUAGAGAAAGACAGGGAAAAAGAGAAAAUAAGCGACAGGCCAGCGAGGCUCAACGAUUUUGUGUUGGAAGAACAACAUGAAUUUGUAACGGCGGUGAGAAAAUGAGAAAUGUUAGCGGUCCGGCCCAGGGAAAAAUGAGCGGCAAUGAAAAAAAAAAAGGGAAAAAGAACAUAUACGACCUUUCCUCCAUAAACCGUGUAACCAGGAAGUUUCAAGUUACUGGACAUUUCACGUUAUUGUAAUCGUGCAAAACAACGGCAAAGAAAUGUGCAAAAAAGUGUGCUGCACGUGCAAAGUUGUUUUUGUUGUUAUUGUUGUUUUUUCACCGUUCCCGUUGCCGUCGCCGCUUAGCAUUACACGAGUUUGUAUUUAGUUUGAGCAAACCAUAAGUGUUACCGAGAACUUCGCUUUUAGCCCUGCCGAAAUCUAUAUAUUAUCCAUAGAUACAGAGUUGCCUCCUAAUUCCAUGACUACACUUAACCUACCUAUUCUACAAGACAGACUAAUAAACCAAAUGUUUGACAAAUGUGAUUUUAGUGGUUAUUACAUCAAUCGGAGAGGUCAAGCAAAAAACUGACUUUUCAGUGUUUUAAACCAAAUAAGGUGAAUUUAUUUAUACGUGGUAAUUCAAACGACAAUUCUCCUUUUCGUAUUCAUACCAAUAUAGUUCGUUUAUAUUUUCUUUGAAGAAACUCGUUAUGACUAAUGUGAAUGUAGUACUGCAAAGUCCUGGUUGUCUAAAAAGUGGAUACUAUCCAGUAAAGAAAGCGAUUAGUUUCCCUAAUAUCUAGUGAGGAUAGCGUUAUCCACCUUCUUAACAAUACUCAGACGUUUCGGGACAGCUGUCCGUUCGUUAGUGCUGAGAUUCGUGCAAACAAAUUUGGUUUGGGUAAAAAUCUCACUGAUAAAUGAUCAGUACUUCCUUAACGUCUGAGAGUCUAGAUCAUUUGUUGCUGUUGCAAGAUACUAUCAUCUUCAAACAGUUGCCUAUCAUUAGCGGUACAUAGUUUAACUAUCUCUGUAAUCGUGGAUUUUUUCAAUUAAUCUUGUAGCCCCUCAGCAGCCGAUUGGAUCACUUUGUAACCGAUCCAUCUUUGACAAGCAAAAAACCUCAAGUGAUAUCCUUCCCACCAGAGUUUGAACCGGUUCCUUGUAAACCGUUGUUCUUUGACUUGGCACUCAAUCAGGUUCAGUUUCCUUCUCUGGCGCACAAAGUGGAGGAGAAGAAAGCAGCAGGCAUUGCUGGGUAUUUCAAGGGCUGGCUAUGGGGAUCUGGAAAUUAA